UUUAGCUGUUCCCUUUUGUACUAAAUUGUCGAUAUAUUUUUGUUCUCGAACAUAUUUAUUGUGAAUAUGAAAAUUUAAGACUAAAUCUGUCGUUCAGGCGGCGACUUGUUUCUUUUUUGUUGUUUUAUUAUGGAUAUUUUUGACGAUUUGAACGCCCGUCACCUUUCACAUGGUGGUCAUUUAAUGGCUUUCAGCUGCAAACGAAGUAAAACCGAAUCCGAGGGCGAAAGAACCGAGCUGCUUUUCAGAAAACUCGUCUUUGAGCCGGACCGCAACAGGUUCGUGAACGCAGCACGGGGGUCGGCUGUCAUCGGCAGGAAAACGUCCGCGUGCGUCAACAUCCUGAAAUGCGAACGUGCCGUGGACGUCCAGGGGAGAGUCAGAGCAGCCUGUGUUCUGGUGACGAGGAGGAGCGGGAAAGUACGCGCCUUUAAGUACAGUCUUCUCACUGUGAGCUCCUCAGACCAACUGGAGCCCCGCAUCGAGUUUAAACUCCCCUAUCAGAUGACUGACAGGGUGAGCAUCCUUCAGGGCCCCACGGUGAUGUGGACCCACGACGGCUGUAUCUUUUAUACAUCAAUCCAAGCAGAAGGGGUUAGAAAAAUCCCAAUUUCAUUAUCACCCUGUGUUUUUGGAGAGCUUCCCCUCUGUAAACCACAAGCCUUCAUUAUUGGACAGUCGGAGGGGAGUGCAAACAACCAGCCCACAACCCUGGCCUAUUUGGUUGGUGAUGGACAAGUGUUUGAUGGCUCUGUGAUUUUACCACAUCCCUAUGUGGGUAUCACAGAGAGCAUCCUGGUGCUCCGAGCUGACAGGGAGGAUGCUGUGCUAAAAUGCAAUCUGGUUGCAGCAACUUCAAGUCAACAACUUGUUUAUUUUGAGAGUGGGAUUGCAAAGGAUGCCUGCCCUCUGCCCUUUGAGCAAGCAGAAGACAUUCAAGUGGCUGACUUGGGAAGAAACGGCUCCAUAAUUGUGAUAUCCUUCCACCAGGGGAAUGUUUGUGCCGUUUGGAAGGACACCUUUCAGGUAGCCUCCCAGUGGUCAGGUGUCCGCUCCGUCCACAUUGGAGACUUCCUUCGAUGUGGAACCGAUCAGUUGCUGCUAGUUUUUGAUGAUCAAGAGGAGCUAAAGAAGCAUUUUCUAAUAACUGACCUUUGUGGUAUUUUCUACUCCGGUGGUCAGGAGGACCCUGAUGUACCAACCAAAACACUACCAUCUCCAGAGAACUCCCGUCUUACUCUUCAAGCUUUAGAAUCCAGAUUACAGAGUGGACUGAUUGUUCUGCAAGAUCUCCAGAAAGAAGAGAGAGUCAAGAACAGAGUCAUUCAUCAAGCACUUCAAGUCCUCACAGAUUUGGCCUCAGAAAGGAGGAGUGUUCUCACCCAGCAUGAGCAGGAAGAUCUCGUUCCUCUGUGGGAUAGCGAUGAGGAGUCAAAGGAGAAGACCUCAAAAGAGGGUCUGAUGGAAAGGCCAGCAGUGUCCGGAAAACCCAGAAUUGAGAAGCUCUGGCAUCGGAUCACCGGAGAGCAGAUGGUUGUGGGAGUGACGCUGACCGCUGACCACGCUGUACCGAUGAGCACCGUGAGCUUAUCCCUUCUGUCAGAGACGGGCCAGAGCUCAACGCCUGCAGUAAUCCAGACUCGGAGCCAAGCGUUCUGGCUCACCGCGCCCUGCCCCCCGACACCAUCCACCUCCUCAUCUGCCUCCACAUUCUCAGAGCCUCCAGCCAAAAGAUGUAAGCAGCCCGUUGCCAGCAAUGAUCUCAACACAUGCAGACUGGCGGUGACCGCGGUGACCAGGCUGGCAAAUCUGCUGAACUCUGGCUGUGUCAAGUGCAGCGUCACGCUCCAUUACUCGCAGAAAACAGAUGCUUCCUGCCUUGUGAGCAACUCAACAUCGGUGUUCCUGCACUGCGGUCAGGUUGUUGUAGACAUUCGGGAUGCUUUUCCCAGCCAGCUGCUGAAAAUCCCCCAGCAGCAAACAGACGAGGUGAAGGAGGAUUUGCUGAGUCUGAUGGCGGUGCUGGAUCGCUGGAUCUUGCACAUCGACUCUCCAGACUACAGCUUGGGAGAUUUAGAAGGCUGGCUUCAGAAAAAAGCCGGUUGCAAGAAGAUGGAAGCGUUCCCUCAGUACUUCCUGUCACAGGCGUCGACCCCCAUGCUGCUGUCCUGGAGUCAGAUCACUCCUUUCCAGGGUCAACUCACCAUCCAUUCCUGCCACUUACAAAUGCUGCAGUUUUUAGACGUGCUGUUGGCGUUCCUGCCGGCGUCCUGCCUCAUCCGGCCUGCAAAAUGCGCCAGAGGUCAGAGGACAGGUCAAAUGUUUGCCCUGGCUUUGGAAAAGGAGGUGCUGUCUCUGAAAGAGGGCCUGUCCAAGCUGCUGGUUGAAGAAGACGAGCGGGGAGGAUCUCCGGUGAGCUGGGAGCACGAGGACCCGGCGGAGGUUCUGGAGAGGCGCAGGGAGCGGUGGCAGCUGGACAGGGAGAGGAGCAGGAGGAGGUUGAGCCCCCUGGUGGACGUGGGGCGGUAUCGUAACGUGGUGCGACACAUCUCUCAGGUCCAGAUGGGUUCAGAUUUGGCAGCUGUUCUCUACACUCUCAUCAGCUCGUGAAAAAUCCCAACAAUCAGACCACAAAGAACAUCUUCCCACACAUUUUUCCCAGCAGCUCAGAGCUCAACUAUGUCCACUCUCUUAGAAGUGUCGUGGGGUUUAAGUUGUCAAAUGUUUUGGAGAGAGCCUCAUCCUUCCUUAGUUUCACCGCUUUAAUCCUUGUGAUACCUCUCGGCUUAUUCCCUGUGGCCCCUUUCAGUCGAAGGAAACCUCUUUAAUAUCUGUCCGUUUCCUCUCGCAGGCUGUUCUCCAGAAAGUUAAAGCAUAAUCCUAAAAGGAUUCACUACCAAAGGAAAACUUCAGUGCUACUUCCUCUGCAGAGUUCAGUUUUUCUUUUGUGAUUUAAAAUAAACAGCCUCAUUCUGCAGCAGAGUUUUAUUUGAUCAUAAAUAGAACAUUUUGUUGGAGUCAGUAAUGAUCAUUUUGAGUCUAAAAGAUAAGAAUCUAUCAUUUUAAUUUCUAUUUUCCCAGAAGGGAACACAGUUUUCUUUGUUUUUGUAACAAUUCCAUCUGAAAAAAAAAAAU